AUGUAUGUUGACAACGAAGCAAAUGAAGAUGAUGAGUCUGAAGAUCAAUUAGAUGAAAUGUUUCGCGAUGUUGGAGAGGAGUUCACCGAUCGGUCAAACGAGUUGGAUGAAUUAUUGAAUGAUUCAAAAUUACCUUUGUGGCCGGGUUGUAGUAAAUAUACCCGAUUAUCUGUUAUAUUAAAAUUAUUCAACUUGAAAGCUGGGAAUGGGUGGAGUGACAAGAGCUUUACUACGUUACUUGAGAUAUUAAAGGAUAUGCUUCUAGAUGAUAAUGAACUUCCGAAGAGUACAUAUGAUGCCAAGAAGAUUUUGUGUCCCAUGGGUAUGGGAUAUAAAAAGAUACAUGUUUGCCCUAACGAUUGCAUAUUGUUUAGGGAUGAUUACAAAGAUUUGCAUGCAUGUCCAAUAUGUGGGGCAUCUCUUUUCAAAACAAGAGAGAAUGUUGCUGGGAAACUUCAACAUCCGGCUAAUUCUUGUCAAUGGACAACAUUUGAUAAUGCAUUUCCUGAAUUUGGUCAAGAACCGAGAAAUCUUAGGCUUGGACUUUGUACUGAUGGAAAUGAUAUAGAUGUCUUUUUGGCGCAUUUGAUUGAAGACUUGAAAAGUUUGUGGGAUGAAGCUUAUGGAAACCUAUCUGGAUAUAGUGUCAAAGGACAUAAGGCAUGCCCUAUAUGUGAAGAUAAUACAUAUGCUCCACAACCAUUAACUGGGAUUCAAGUUUAUGAACGCGUAGAGUGUAUCAAUGUUACUUUUGGUAAGACUCAAAAACUUAAAUCUCAAAGAGGUAAGAGAUCAAAAUCUAAUGUUGAUGUACCAUCAAAUGUGAAGAGUCCGUGGAAAAAGAAAUCAAUAUUCUUUGAUCUUCCAUAUUGGAAGACACUAGAUGUCAGACAUAGUAUUGGUGUGAUGCAUGUUGAGAAAAAUAUGUGUGAUAGUCUUGUUGGAACUCUUUUAGACAUAAAAGGUAAGACUAAAGAUGGUCUCAAUGCUAGAUUGGACUUGAUUGAAAUGGGUAUACGACUUACAUUAGCUCCACGCAAUGGUGAUAAGAAGACAUAUUUGCCUCCAGCUGCUCAUACUUUGUCAAGAAAGGAGAGAAUCAGUUUUUGUGAAUGUUUACGUGGGGUGAAGGUACCACAAUGGGACUCAUCAAAUAUCAGUAGACUAGUUAAUAUCCAAGAUUUAAAAUUGGUGGGAUUGAAGUCUCAUGAUUGCCAUGCCUUAAUGCAACAACUAUUGCCAGUAGCUGUUAGAGGCAUAUUGCCUAAAAAGUUGAGAUAUACCGUCAUAAGACUUUGUUUCUUUUCCAAUGCAAUUUGUGCGAAAGUCAUUGAUCUAGACAAAUUAGAUGAAUUGCAGAAUGGCAUUAUAGUUACACUAGCUCUUUUGAGUAUACGAUAA